AUGUCUAAAUCAAUAGUCGACAGCAUAGUUUUAAAGGUUUUCAUAGGUUUAUUAAUUUUAGAUGCAGUUACUGUAGUUUAUUUAACUCCUAAAACUUAAACUUUGACUGCUCCAAAUGAAUAACCAAAAACAACAGCUAACGAAUAAGGAUAGGAAACUAAAACUCAAGCUGAAACUAACUUCGAUGAAUCAGGUACCGAUGAUGAUAGUUUUAGAGGGUCAAAGAGUGAUCAAGUAACUGGAACAUUAGUUAUAUAGCAUUGUAGCUCUCACUAAGCAGCUUUAGACAAUAUUAAAACUUAUAUUUAAGGUGCUUACCCUGAUAUUGUUUUUGAAAGUAGUAUCUACCCUCUUCCUCCUGUUUAAGCAAUUCUAAGCAAAUUCCUUUAAUACGUUCAUUGGAUUAUGUUAGCUUUAAAUUUAUUUGGAGAUAAAAUAUUUGGUUACUUACAAAUGCCUUAUCCCUCAUGGUAUCUUUUUAUGAAAGAAAAGAAAAUGAUGGUUUUAUUAGUAGUUUUAGGAGGAUCUAUGCUCUUAGGUAAUAUUGUCAACAAAACUGAUGCCUUCGAAGUAUAUUUAAAUGGUGAUCUAAUUUAUAGCAAAUUCCAAACAGGAAAUAUUAUUACUACUGACUAGCUUGAUACCAUACUUACUCGUUGA